AUGGCUUUCGCUGCUCCAGCCGCCGCUGCUGGCGGUGCUGCUGCAACUCCGGCUGCCGAAGCAGAGGCAGCAGAAGAAGCCGCGCCUGCCCCCGCUGAAAAGACAAUGUUCACACUCAAACUCGAUUCCUUCGAUGCUGCUGCCAAGCCCAAGGUCAUUAAGGAAGUGAAAGGAUUGCUCGGUCUGAGUUUAGUGGAUUCAAAGAAAUUCGUCGAGAGUGCACCCAAGGUGAUGAAAGAGGGCGUGCCCAAGGAGGAUGCAGAGAAAAUCGUCGCGGCCAUGAAGGCUCUGGGGGCUGUUGUGUCCAUGUCGUAA